AGUGGCUUGUCCGGAUAUCGGAAGUGGUCUUUAACGACAAGCAGGAAAAAAAGCUAGGAACGGAGGCGUCUUGAGGAUUUUUUACGCACUCAUCUAUAUAUAUAUAGGAAAGAGAGAGCAACUAAGCUGAAGCAGCAAGGCGGAUGAAAUGAGGAGGACGAUUCAGUAUUUAUAUUUCAGCUACAUUCCGAAGGGAGCUCAUGCGGAGAUCAACGAAUGGAGCAACCCAUCUGAGGUGACCGCGGAGUUUCGUCGCACGGAGGCCGCUGCCGCCCUCUCGGAUCGAGAAAAAGAAAAACGCGGCUUCUUCUACCUCCCGCGUUUAGACUACGAUACAGGUAUUGGCGUCCCCCCUUUGAUUUCAAAGGCGCAGUUUGAUAUCCAAUACGAUUUCUUCCACAGGGAUGCCGUCAGACGCCUCAACACGCACACGUUGGGUGAUGAUUUGGAGGGGCACCCGCUGGAAGUGGUGAUUCGGAAGACGGCCUUCGACGCUGCGCGGGCGGUGAUUCAUACGGCGGCAUCUGAGCACUUCAACUACUGCUUUUGGUACCGCUCACUUCGUCCGUGGGGGACGGAAAUCCCCUUGUGCAUACAAGAGGGGCUCCGUCUUCAGUACGGCUGCAAAGGUGCCCAAGAUCCCAUCGCGGAGGUGAAGCGUCUCUUCACGGUGACCGCACUCUCUCAUCGGAAGCUUUGCGGGUGGAUUUACCUGGUGUGGACGGGCAAGAGUUUUGAUGUGGUCGAGUUCAACCACGGGACGUGUCCUAUUGGGAGUGAUCUCAUUCCUUUAAUGGCUCUCAACCUGCACGAAUCAGCCCUCUGCAUCGACUACGGCGCCGAAGGUGUCUCUAUCGACGCGGUCGAGCGGUAUGUGAGUAACUUCUUCAAGACAUGCAAUUGGCGCGUCGCAAACGAGUAUUUUUCCAUAGCUACAGGUGAAAGCGAUGACCAGGGAUGUUGCUAAAAUCGUACUACCGGGACCACAAAUGGGAAGGGGAUUAUUCUUUCAGCACUCCCGAGCCUGUUAAGGACAUUUAUU